AUGCCUACUGCCACAAAGGGUAUCUUGGUACAAUGUGAUCCUUCCAUUAAGGCACUUAUUAUGCAAAUUGACUCGAAGACACCUGGAAUAGUUUUGGAUGAAUUAGACGAAACUCAUUUGCUCAUAAAGCAGGAUCAAGUUCAAGGUGUCAAAACUGAAUUAAAUAGGCUACUAUCUAAAAAUAUUUACGAUCCUUUUGAGUUGAAAUGA